AUGAGCUUGACCUACGGACUCGGCGGGGCAGGGGCGAGUUUGGCCGUGGUGGGGGCUUAUAUGCUAUUCACGGGCAGCGGAGAGGCUUUCAAUGUCGGAGCCUUUCUCGAAUCAGUCUCGCCGUACGCGUGGGCAGACCUGGGCAUCGCCCUCUGUAUAGGCCUAUCGGUUGUGGGCGCGGCAUGGGGCAUCUUUAUCACCGGAUCCUCAAUUCUCGGCGGAGGCGUCAAGGCACCCCGCAUCCGAACCAAGAACCUGAUUUCCAUCAUCUUCUGUGAGGUCGUCGCCAUCUACGGCGUCAUUAUGGCCAUUGUGUUCUCUUCGCUGCUUAAUCCUUCCCAGGGGGAGAAGUCCUUCUCGGGCGACGCAUACUACACGGGCUUUGCGCUCUUCUGGGCCGGCAUCACGGUCGGCAUGUGCAACAUGAUCUGCGGUAUUGCUGUCGGUAUCAACGGUAGUGGAGCUGCGCUUGCAGACGCUGCCGACCCUACACUCUUCGUCAAGAUCCUGGUCAUUGAGAUCUUCAGCUCCGUGCUGGGCCUGUUUGGUCUCAUUAUUGGUCUUCUUGUAUCCGGCAAAGCCAAGGAGUUUGGCACCGCCUAA